UUGAGUUUUUUAGAAUUCAAACCGCGCCGAAAAAAAUCUCAUCGGAAUCCAUGGAAUUCGACGAAGCCGAGUGGGUGAUCGCCACCGCCGGAGCAGAAGAAGCCACCGCCGUCGCCGACGAGGAGUGGAUCAUCGAGGAUGGCUGCGGCGAGGAUGACGCCGACACCGACGAGAGCCGUCGAAGCAUCUCCGGCAUCCUUUUCCCCACCGCCUCCGCCGGCAUCGGCUUCGCUCCAUUCUCGCCCUCAUCCGGCAACCUCUCUCUCUCCUUCCUCCCUCCCUCCGUCGCCGUCGUCGCCGCCUCCAACGGCCUCGUCCUUAUCCGCGGCCCUUGGUCCACGUACUACCUCUGCAACCCUUUCAUCUCCGAGGUUUCCCGCAUCCCUCGCCCCGCUCGCCCCCAUGCUCGCGACGCCACCGCUCUCGUCUUCUCCGCAAACCCCAUGUCGCAAUUCCACCUCGUCUGCGCCGUUCAUCUCCAGGGAAUGUACCAAUUCGAGACGUACUCCUCGGGGAGUGCUCUCUGGCGAUCGUCCAUCCAGGAAAUCCCCUUCUCCGGCGAGAUCUUGCCCUCGUCCGCCGUCUCCGCUUGCGGCACCGCUUACUGGCGAACAACUGAUGGCGCGGUGGUUGGAUUCGACCCCGUGAUCGGUGAUUCUAGGGUUAUAGAGAGGCCGGAUGGGAUCGGAUCAUCGGCGCGGUGGCAACUAGGCGAAGCCGGCGAUCGGCUCUGCUGCGUUGUUGUUCAACCAUCGUCGGUGGAGAUCCACGUCUAUGAAGCAUCGAAUGGGUGGACUUUGGUGGGGUCCAUCGCCGUCGUCUCGCCGGAGAAGGAGGCGGAGGCGGAGGAGGAGGAGGAGGAGGAGGAGGAUUGGGUGAUCGGAGGAACGAUCGUGUGCCGUGAGACACCGUGGCCGUUGAGAUUCCAGAGUGCGGAUCCCCAGGCAGUGUUGUGGGUUGAUGGGAGAGUUUUGGCCGUUGAUCUCGCCAGCUGGAGAGUGAGAGCUGUGCGCAUAGAUGGGGCGGCGCCGGAUUCUUCCAUCGAUGACUACGUGGCUCACAUCAACACCGUUGCUUCAGUUCUGGCCAAAUCCAGCCGUCCAAUCUCUGAUUUCGGUUCAUCUCUCACUCUCUCACUUUCUCUUGAUUAGUUCUUGAAAUUCGUUUAAAAAUUAAUUUUUACUUUGUUCAAUGUUUUUACUGUUAGUAUUAGAUCAUAUAUUUGUGAAUACUGAUGAUUUUUUCUCUGUUUUUUUUUUAAUGGUUGUUG